CUCGAAGCGAACAAAGUUGAAGUAAAUUAUUGGUCGCACCAGCUCUAGAGCACAUGUCUCCAAAUGGCCUCAUCAAAUAUCGCUGAAUCACCGGGAAAUGUCUUCUUCCCACAAAGCCCUCCCAUGCGUAAACCCGCACUUUCAUUUCUAUAUCGUCUCGAAUGCGACAUUGUCGAAGAGGAGAUCGACAUCGGCGCGCCGCAUGGUACUGGGAUAAUUCGAAGCAUCGCAAACAUUGAGAGUGGCACACUUAAAGGACCUGAAAUUGAGGCUUCAGUGUUGCCUCUUGGCGGUGCGGACUGGGCGACGGUGAUUCAGGGAACGCAUUCUAUGAUGCUCGAUGCUCGUUACACUGCAAAGACAAACGAUGGCCACUACCUCUACAUUCGCGCUCACGGCUUGUAUCGACCCGGGCCAGGAACUGAGUAUGCGAAGCAAGUGGCGCAGGAUCCCACCAUACGACCAAAGCACACCGUCACUCAAGACGACGUGGAGUUUUUCUCACAUUUGCGUAUUGAGACAGGACCGGGAAAGUACAAUUGGUUGAAUGGAUUGGUGUGCAUAGGAGUUAUGACCUGCGUCGGGACGAGGAUUUUGAUCGAUGCUUAUUAUCUGACCAAUUUCGAAGGGGUGAAGCCGGAAGAUGUAAUGGCUCAGAGCAUGUAUCAAGGUUGA